UAAAAACAACAACAACUCUAAACUUUAAAAACACCACGAGCUUCUAAAAUCACCAAACCAGUCAGUUUAAUCCAAAUCUCGCUGCCUGAGACCAAACAUCGCGAGACUUCAGUCAAACCUCCGAGAAUUUGCUGCAGGAGGUGUUGAUGCAGAGAAGCUACGCAGCAGAAAAUUAAAGAGAUCAGAUGUUGUCCCAGAGAAGAGGAGCUCGUCUGCGCUGACUUUAUUCUUACAGAAAGGUUCACAGACUUGACUUUAAAGACGUGUUUUUCUGCCUGCGUCCUUCUUUGUCUUGACUCUCCUGAGACCUUCUGAAGGCAGAGACCGCCCCGCUUUGUGAUGUCUCAGAAGUCACAGUCCGAAGGAGGUCAGAAACACUUCGCUGUGGGUCGGGGUCUACUGGCCGCUGCAGAGACUUUGAACUUCAGCAUGAACGAACAGCGAUCCAGCCGGCAGAUGGGGGGCAUGUCCUCUGGUGUGGGGGUGGGGGGUGCUGGCAUGGAGGGCCACGACGGCGGCUCUCAGAUGUCCCGGCUUGGCGGCGGAAACCAUCUUGGCAGCACUAUGAAGCUGUUUGCCAGUUUAGGGCUGUCGCCCUCUGACCUGGACGCUCUUGCUGAAAUCCCUGAAGAGGACAUCAGCGUGGAGACGCUGCCGCACAUCAUCAGGCAGCUGAAGAGCCGUAAAGGUGAAGUCGGGGACCGGAGGGGGGCGUCCUCCAUGUCCUCUGAGGCCACAUAUCAAGGAGGAAGAGAUAGCUGGGACCAGGUCCCCAUGGGGAGGAUGGGGGGUCCUUCUCUGGGUCAGGGUUCAGCCCGAGCCCAGUCCUCUGUAGACUUUGGGUACAGUUCCCUGCAGGACGCUCCCGGCCGAAGCUACGGCCUGAACUACGGCGGUGGCGGUGGUGGGAGCAGGGAGAGGCCGUACUCUGAGCUUUCCCACCAUGAUUCCUACGGUGGGCUCGGCUUGGGUCCGUCGUCCUCAGAUUCCAUCUUUAUGCCGAGGAGGGUCGGUCCCCCGCCACACAGAAAAGUCCAAGACUUCUUGGGAGUCAUGCCCCCCGUUUUCCCCCAUCUGUGCUCUCUUUGUGACUUUGACGUGCGGUCCAUCAUGGAGUGGAACCAACACACCGAUGGACUCCGACAUGCUGAGAACAGACGUCUGCUGCUCGACAUGUACCCAGAGUGGGACCCUGGCAUGUCCUCAAGCAGAGGUGGGGGUCUUCUGGAGACCCCGAACCUGUCUGCAGGGCUGCUGGGAGCGGCCCCCAUGUCUUCAGGUCAGACUUCAGGAGGGAUGUCCUCUGGCUGGGGAGGCGGUCCCGGUCUGUCCGGAAACAACCAACAGGGACAGAAUAAGCUGAGGAGCAGGGUGGUGGUGGUGAAGUACGACAGGAAGCCGCUCAGCACCAAGACGCUGUUCGCCUUCACGGAGCCAUUCGGAGUCCUCAGGGAGCAUCUGGUGCUGAAGAACAAGGCUUUCUUUGAGAUGAACAGUCACGAGGAAGCUCUGGACAUGGUGAGCUACUACGAGCUGCACCCGGCGUCUCUCUACGGCAAGCCGCUCACCUUCUACCUGUCCAAGAGGCUGCUGGUCAUCGAGAAAGACGAGCGGGCGUCAGACAGGGCCAUGGACAGACCCGCCAGAGAGGUCAAAGGUUACGGCAGUCAGGUGGUCUUCUUCUCCAACCUGCCCAGAGAGGAGGAGAAGAAGAUGGAGCUGCUGACCAUCGCUGCACGCUUCGGCAUCGUGGAGAAACACCUGUUUCUAACCGACCAGGCCUUCGUCCAGCUGGGGACACCCGAGGACGCAGAGAUGCUGGUCAAGUAUUACAGCGUGAACCCGCUCACCAUCAAAGGUCGAUCUAUACGCCUCAACAUCUGCACCAAGUACAAGACACUAAAUGUGAACAGGAGACAGGGGGGAGGCUCAGCAGGAGACGGUCGAGGACAGAGGAGCAGCAGCAGAGGAAACACCUCCUCCUUCUCCUCCUCCUCCUCUGCCCCUGGAACCAGGACAUCCUCCGGCUCCCUCAGGAACUCCUCAUCCUCCAAAUCCUCCUCCAGGAGCAGAGACGAGAGGAAGAAGGAGGAGGAGAAGCCCGCAGCAGAGGAGGAGCAGGAGGAGGAGGAGGAGGAGGUGUCUGGAGUGAUGGAGGGAGAGGAGGAAGGCGGGGAGGCGGGGGAGGAGCAGGUAACCGAUGGAGACGCGGAGGGGGAGGAGCCAGAGACGGCAGAGACUGUGGAGGAGAAGGAGGCGGAGUCUGAGGAGGCCAAACAAGAGGAGGUUCCUGGUGCUGAUGAUGUCACAGAGGACAAACCUGAAGAAGUGGGCGGGGCUGAAGGUGAGCCCGAGCAGGGGGCGGAGUCGGAGCCACAAACAGAACCGACAGAAGAACCGGAGAAUAAAGAGGAGCCGAGCGCAGAACCAGGAGAGAGUUCAGAGACGAUGGACGAGUCUGCAGACACGCUGGAUCAGGACUUCCUGGAGAACAUGGAGGACUUUGUGACGCUUGACGAGCUGGCGGAGGACGAUGACGAAGCUCACGGAGAGUCUGACUCCAUCGAUAACUCCAGGAGGGGGGGUAUGAGGGUCGUCAACGUGGUCGGAUUCAGGCGAGGUUAUAACUUCCUGAACGAGCUGCUGGGGCUCGCCAAACCUUUCGGGAAGGUGGUCAAACACCUGGUUCUGGACCUGAAGCCUGAGGCGUACCUUCAGUUCGACACGGAGGAAGAAGCUCGAGCCAUGGCGAAGUUUUACAGCAACAGUAACGUGACGGCGUCCGUGUGUGGCCGCCCGGUGAGGAUCAGCCACUCCAUGAGCUACCCGACCAUCCAGUGUGGCUCCAGUAAGGUGGUCUACAUCGGGCAGAUCCCCAGCAGUAAAUACUCCGACGACGCCAUCCUAACCCUGGCCGAGCCGUACGGAAGAGUCAGGAAGUAUUUCCUCAACAGGAUCAAGAGAGAGUGUUUCAUCGAGAUGGAGAAAGCAGAGGACGCAGAGAAAAUGGCCGAAGACUGCAAAACGAACGCACCCAAGUUCAACGGGAAACGCUUGACGGUCUACGUCAGCAGGAAGUACCGACAACUCAAAUACGGACAUCGAUGUCCGACCGCAGCGAAGAGAGAAAGCAGCCCAAGAUCACCGAAGUCCUCCAAACACCUCGAUGAGCCUCCGACCAAGAAAUCCAGAGAGGAGAGGAAACCAGAGGAAGAGGAAGAAGAGGAGGAGGAGGUGGAGAAGGAGGAGAAGAUGGAGGAGCAGAUGGAGGAGAAGAGAGAGGAGGAGAAGAGAGAGGAGGAGACGCAGAGUUCUGGAGUCGAUGAAAAGAGAGAUGAAAACUCUGAAGAGAAGACUCCAGAACUCUCUGACCAGAACCAGAAGAUCAGCUCGGACCAGGAAGUGAAGCAGGAGGAGGAGGAGGCGAUUUCCAUCAAUCAGAACGGAGAAGCAGAGGCUCCCCCGCAGAGCGCAGCAUCUCUGCCGCCGCCUCCUCAAACACCGGUGUGUGAGGAGGAGACGGAGACAUCAGCCAAUCAGAACGGACAGACUGAGGCUGCCCCGCCCCCUCAAACCAAACCCAGUGUGGCGUCUCUGCCGCUGCCCCCCCACGACCCUGAGACGCCCAUCGGUGUUGAACAUGUGAAGAUGGGUUAUUACUGCCGCGUCUGCUUCCUGUUUUACUCCAACGAAGACAUGGCCAAGAAGACGCACUGCAGCAGCCCAGCACACUACGACAAGCUGCAGAAACAUCUGGAGAAGGAGCGCAGCAAAGCAGAGAAGAAGAAAGUGAAGAAGACGCCGCUGUGAAGAAACACGAUGACUCGAUAAGCUGGAGGAUUUUUUUUUUUACUUGAUUUAAAGUGUUUGAGUCUCCCUGAGACAAACUCUGAAUGUGAUUGAUUUUUUAAUAAAACGUGUUCAAACCUU